AUGGACGCUCUUGCGAAGGGAUUGCAACUGGGAGAAGCUUUCAUGCAUUCUUCGGGAGAGGGCGGCGGCAUCAUACAAAACACGGCGAGCGAUGCACUUGUCGUAGUGAUAGCAGCAGCGAAAACGAGAAUGAAAAUGAAGAUGUUGGCGAAAACAAGCGUGGAACAUGAACAGUUCGGAGCGGUGAGCAAACUGCGUUUUGUCGUAUACACAUCGGAUCAAACACAUUUCUGUACGGAAAAAGCGUGCCGGGCGGCUGGAGUUCGUUUACGGAAGAUAACGACUCACCGAGAUGAGAGCGGCAACUUUCCGAUGAACAUUUCACUUUUGAAAGAGACUAUAGUUGAAGACAGACGACUCGGUUUCCUGCCAAUUCUGUGCGUCGCUAAUUACGGCGCUACGAAUACUUGUGCGGUUGACCCUGUGCACGAGUUGGGAGAUCUCUGUCGGCGAGAAGGAAUAAUGUUGCAUAUGGAUGCGGCAUACAGUGGGAGCGCUCUCAUGCUCGAGGCAUUCAGAGAUGAUGCUCUCGUGAUUCGAACAGAUCGACGUUAUUUUACGAAGACAUUCGGAGCUGAAGAUGAGAGUGAAGGCGCGAGCCUAUCUAAUUGGUCUUUGCCGACUUACAGCAAAUGGAGAGCAUUGCGUAUUUGGGCAGUGUUGCAAUACUUCGGAAUUGAUAAGCUGCGAGCGAGUAUAUCCCAUGAUAUAGAAUGCGCGCAACGAUUGAGGGAAAAGCUGAAGUUUGAUGGAACUACUAAUGGUCAAUUGGACUUGACCAUCACUAACCGUUUCGGACUUGUGUGUUUCACGGCCGUUCCUCAUUCUCUCAAUUCGAGGAUACUGAAGGAGGCGGAAAAGGACGGAUUCUUGAUGUGA